AUGUUGCUUGACCCUAAAGAUCCAUUUACUGUGGAUGCUGAUGGUAGAGGAACAGUCAGUCUGACAAUUUCAAACCCUAUGAGAUCAAAUGGAGGCAACUACAAGUGCACUAUUGUGAGAUGUGGAAAAUCAUAUCCACAUGAGAACAAAUUAUGUGUUCAUUGGAUUGAUAUUGUACAGGUAAAUGAAGAACUAGAAUGUGGUGGUGAAUUUGCGAUGGAAUGCAAAUAUGGACCAGUAGAUGAGUGUAUUUUAGAUUGCAUUUGGAAGAAACUUCAUAAGGAUGGAACACCAACCAAUAUCUCUGUAGUUUCACGAUUUGAAACAAUUAACGAUUUUGAAAAGGGGAACAGCUCGCUGAAGAUCAGGGAGGUUACAUUAGCAGAUGCUGGGGAGUAUCAGUGCAUUGUUAAGCUAAGUGUUGGAAGACAGGUUGUGGCCAAAAAGAUACUUGUUGUCAACCAAGCUCCAUUCUCAUUGGAAAUUCCAGAUAAAACAACCAAUGAGGGCAUUAGCACCUUCAGGUUGUAUUUAUACUUUACUGAAGUCAUAGAAGAUUCUCUGAAAGAUAUAUCAGAUAUCAAAUGGUACAAGGGCAAAUCUAAAAAAGCAGGAAGUUUGCUCGCUGAUCUAAAAAAUAAAUUUACAAAACAAGGCUAUGCAGCAGGUUUGGAUUUAGAAAAAUCUCGGGCUUUUUUGACUUUGGAGAAUAUCACAACUGAACAUGCUGGAGAAUACAGUUGUGAGGUGGAAGUCAAUGGAAGAAAGUUUGCAUUUGUUUGUACUGGAUCACUAAAGGUUAACGGUCAUUUAUUGAUGUCUGUAAAAAAAAAUAGUGGUGCCAUAAAAGGUGAAGAUGUUGAACUGCGUUGGAAUUUGUUAAAACCUCUGGAAAUUGAAUCAUUUAUCUUUUACAAAAAUAUUAAGAACAAAUGGAAAGCCGUUGCUCAGUCGAAUGAUCGCUUUAACUUACAUUAUAGUGCUUUAAAGGAGGAUCAACAGUUAAUUCUGAAGAUUUUUAAUGUUGAACUCGCACAUGCUAGUUUCUACAUGUUGAAGUGUUCUACUAAAAAUACUGAUGGUAAUGAAAGUGAUUGGUACUCUUCUACAUCUACUUGUUUAACUGUUGAGGCCAUUGACAUACCAAAUGUUUUGGCAUUUGAUGGAGAAGACAGUGCAACCUUAACCUGUGCCUAUAAUCUCAAAGGUAAAGUGGAUAUACAAAAAUGGUCUAAAGAAACAGCUAAAGGAAAGAAAGUGAUCUUUGACUCUGAAAACUUGGAGAAAACGGAAAGGAUGAAAUAUGAAGCUCGUCUUUAUCAACUCUGUUGCCAGUUGAAAAUAAAUCAAGUGACAGUGGCUGAUGCUGGUGUUUAUACCUGUGAGGUAGUUUCAAAGAAAAAAUUCACUCCCAACACAGAGCAUCAGGCAUCCACAACUCUUGUUGUGCCUUUGGACGUGUUUGGUUCAGGUGUAGAAGGUGAAGAUCAUUGUGUUUACAGACAUCCUGCUAUAGUUUUCUUGGCCAACAAGCAUUUCAUUGUUUUUUGUGAAGAGCAAGUUGAUGACAAACAUUCAAGAGGAUUGUCACGUAGAGGAAAACUGAUGGAACACAAUAGAAUUAAAUGGGAAAAUCAACAAACCAUAUUAGCCAAGGCUGAUACAAGGUUUCAGAACUUGGUGCCAAUCGUUGUGGAUAGAGAAAAAGGUGAAAUUAUUUUAUUAUGUGUUGAAUGCACAGCUCAGCAGGGUGGUGGUAAGCUAAUUCAACUGAAGAUUUCUAAUGGAAAACCUUUGAGUGAUCCAAUCGAUGUCCUUUUGGAAUGGCCUAAAGAUAUGCAGGAAAGUGCACAGCUCAAUUUUAUUGGUGUGUAGAUAAUUGAAAUUCCUCAAAAGAAGAAAAAUUAUUGCAAAAAUCAAAUAUUAAUAAAAUAUGUUUGUGUAAUCAUUCCUUACUUAAAUAAUUUGUUAAUUUUUGUUAAGGUCCAGGGCAUGGUCUGUGCUUGCAGUCGGGACAAUUAGUUGUUGCUGGUUUCAUCGAGUUUAGUGAGCGUAUGACUACAUUUUAUAUCUUUUCUUCUUGUUGCCCAUUGACUUAAGUUGAUAAUAAUGUGACUUAUUUAACUUAGCUGUAAGUUUUUUAUUUAUUUUUUGGUGUUGUGUUUCUUUUGUGAUUUGUGUGUGAAUGAUUCUUUAUUCCUGGUAAUUUCAGACCCAUCAACAUUAAAUAUUGCAUUAUUGGCAUAAUAAACAAUGCUUUCUUUAUAAUAGUUCCCUUUGAAUAUUUAAAAAAUACUUUUAC